AUGAAAAAGGUAAAGAACUUUGAACAAAUUUUGGCGAAUUCAGAUGUGUAUUCUUUGUUAGACUCAAAUGAUUUAUAUAAUUAAAAACUAUUAGCUCCAUAUUAUCCCUGA